AUGUUUCAAAUUAUUCUUGGUACAUUUGGAAAUAUCUUAAAUAUUCUCAUAUUUACUCGUCGAACACUUCGUAACAAUCCAUGUUCACUUUACUUUUUAGCAUCAUCUAUCAAUAAUAUCUUUGUCUUAUAUGUUGCAACAUUAACACGUCUUCUUUCAAGUGGUUGGAAAAUAGAUCCAACAAAUUAUAAUCUUACUCUUUGUAAAUUAAGAAUAUUUUUUGUUUAUUCAUCACUUGCUCUUAUUCAAUGGUUUAUGGUUCUUGCAAGUAUUGAUAGAUAUCUUUCAAGUUGUUAA